AUUUGCUUACCGCGGAUAUUCUCCUGGUAUGGUCAGGACUUUGGAGACACCAAGGAAGAGAUCAUUCAAUGGUGCAGCCAGUACAUGUCCAAGCAGCAGCUCUUCAACCUGGAACUGAUGAACGACAUGUGCUUCUCCUCGCCCAUCGAGAUGCAGUUCACCGACUACAACUGGCGGCUGAACGCACUGCCGCCCAAGCAGGCCAUGGAUGACGCGGAGGUGUACCGCCGGCAGCGCAUACAGCGACAGUCCACGGCCACGCGCCCAUUCAUCACCAGCUCCAUCAGUGCGCCGACCAGCUUCGACGAGGAGUCGCUUUCGUCGCACGCCGCCUGCGCCACGUCUCUCCAGAGCUGCCCGCAGGUGGCCGAGUACGAUGCAGACGACGGCUUUGCUCAGGAGUACGUCGGUACAUGACCGCACGUGUUCCCCUUCGUUGCUGUUCAGCUUCAGUUUAUUGUGCUUCGGCGGUGUGGUGUGGAUCUUUCUUGAUAGCUCACUGCACCGACUGGCGACACGGGGGCAUGGCUGCCUGCGACAUAAACUUUUCCCGUCGCCUUCUUCAGGUCGUAUCCGUGAGAGCGCUGGCGCUUGAGCGUGGCGAUCUGUCUGUGCGGCGCGUCCGCUGCGUCUGUUGUCCUUGCACCAACUGCCGAACCUUGCCGGGAGUUGCGUUCGCCUGGCCUGCUAUACUGGCGGUUGUGUCUGCGUCAGUCCGUAUCCAUAGGAUCUCAUACUCCUCCUCCUCCUGCUACUGCACCCUCUACGCACAGACUGACGCACUGUGUCCUGCUCAUACUGACUGCCGCCGCCGUGGCGCGUUUCACACAAGUGCCUGCUCAUAAAAUAUAGAACUUUCUUUUCAAUUGUCACAAGUAGAGAUUUUUAUUCGCCGCCCCGUGUCCAAAGCAUCUCAGCAGUCUCCGCCACCAUUGUAGUGUCUCGAGACUGCCGAGUCAGGAGGGAAAAUCCCUUUCCUCUACAAUCGGAAGAGUUGGGAGCGGCACUAUCGUUUCAUAUAUAUUCUUAUCUGGAAACUAAUUUUUCAUCGGCUAAAUCUGAACAAUGUCAUAUUCAACUUUCCGUUCUACUUGUUUCGCCCCAAUAGGACCUGAAAAUGUACUUGUUAUCUCGUUGCGCCUUUCAGCAGUUUCAUGAACCUCCUUCUUUCUUUUUUUCUUUUUUACUAAGCUUGGUUUUAAUUGCCUCUGCAUCUCACCAGGAAGGGUGAAUACGAGCCACCUGCCUCUGGCUAAACCCGGUGGUGUUUUUUAAUCCUUUGCAUCUUCCUCUCUCUCUCUCUCUCUCUCUCUCUCUCUCUCUCUCUCUCUCUCUCUCUCUCUCUCUCUCUCUCUCUCUCUCUCUCUCUCUCUCUCUCUCUCUCUCUCUCUGCUAUGGUUCUGGCCUGCUUUUAGCUUUGCCGUUGCUGUCUUUUUUUCUUAAAAUAGUAGUGAUAUGUCUAGGUAUUUCUGCUUGCCAACUGCCCUGCCUCUUCAAGCCCAUCCCCUGACUCUGUCAGCUUCAUCCCCUGCUUCUUCUAGUUUUUGCCAUCGAUAUGACUGUAGUGUUACAGGUUUCGAAACUGGCUUGCUGCUUCUCGUUGUGAUCAUAGCUGUCGCUUCAUGCUCUCCUUAUCCUAUCCCUGCUGAGAGAUGCGUUGCUGCCUGCGCCUUUGUUUACGCAGUCUAUUUAUAAUUUGUCUGUGCAGGCUCUGUACUGCUUCUUGGUGCUCUUCUCGCCUGUACCUGGAUAUAAGAUGUCCUGUAUUGGCCGCCGCUGCUGCUGCUGGAUAUGCGUGCGUUUGGAAAUGCUGUGCGUAUAGUGCGCAGUUGCUGUAGCGUGGUAGUGCUCGUGUGCUCCCGUCGUGCAUAUUGCACAGCUUGGCUAUUUAUCUCUCUCUCUCUUUCUCUCACACACACUCUCUCGCACUCUGCAGUCUCUGCUGGCGGUUGUCAACUGUUUGCCUGUUUUAAUAAUAGAUUUCUCUCUCUCUCUCUCUCUCUCUCUCUCUCUCUCUCUCUCUCUCUCUCUUUCUUACUUGAAUCCGCUUGGUAGCAGCUGCCGGCAUUAUUCUCAUGAUCUUUUUCUCUCUCAAGCCUAACUCUUGUGUAACUAAGAGAAUGUUUUGCAAACCUC